CUUAAAACCAUGGUUGAGGCACACGAGGAUGUUGUGAAUCGGCUUUCGUCUCUCCUCGGCUCCGACGCGGAAACGCUUGCUGCUUUGUAUCGGCUAAACACAGAAAUGCGAGCUAAAUGUAACUGUGCUCUUGAUGAGGCGCGAAAAUCCCGUCUCUUAUAUGACACACAACUAUCUGAACUAAAGAAUGAGCUCAUCCAUGUGAUUGACCAACUGAAAAGAUCCAAUUCGGAAAACUCAACAUUGAAGGCAAAGUGCGAUGCUCUUACUGAACAGGCUGACAUGCUCAAAGGGAGUCUAGCUCGUACACAGGCUGAUUUGAAAACGUCUCGUCAGAAGGCCAUCGAUUGUGAACAGUCGAAGUUGAACACAGAGAAGCACUUUGAGAAGCUUCUUCAGCGCUCUCGGACAGAAUUAAGCGACUAUCGAGUUGAGUUCCAACGCCAGCGGGAGUAUAUUUUGACAAAAAAAUACAUUUUUGACUUUUUUCUCCUAACAGAACUAACCAAUCAAAUUGCUAUAGCGUUUGCCAAAUUUGAAGAGACAGAGGAAAUGCAUAGACAGAUGGAGCAUGAGGCAGAAACGAGGGAAUCCGACCUGCGAAAGAGCGCUGCGGAAUUGAAAGCUGAGUCAGACGAGCGACUUGCGAAAAUGCUUCGUCAGCUCGAGCACACGCAAAUGACUCUGCAGGAAUCGACAGCACACCAAAAGAGCUUGGCAUUAGCACUUGCGGAGUCCGAAAACUCAAAGAACGAGGCCUUGCGCAAGCUCUCUAGUUUGACGUCGCAAAAUGACGGACUCAGAGAAGAAUUGACGAGGACAAAGCAAGAGUUACGUGCUAGUCAGAGGGAAAUUGCCAGUUUAGAGUCGACGCUCAAGGAAUUGUCGACACAUGAAGCACAAACGCUUGAGAGGGACCACACGAAAAGCGGUGCACAAGCAGAAGGCGAUAACGCGUACGAAUUAGCAGGCGUCAGGGAGGCAUACUCGCGUUCACUUGAAAAGUUGAAGUCUGUAAGUUUGUAG